GGUUCACAACCCGAUCUUAAUUUUAUGCACAUUAUAUGAAGGUAUAGUUCAUCUAUUUGUAGCAGGAUGAAGUGCUCUCCCAUGGGUGAGUGUGCUGCGUUGCUCUCCCCUACCUUAUUAGCCAAUCCGCACCUGAGGCCACCUUAUUUAGGGAGGCAGUGUCCAUCUCGCCUUCCUCUUGCUCUUUGGCUCUGAGGCCCACCCACAUUCAGGUCGCCUCACUUCCUCCUCUUCGCCAUCGCCUGUGCAGACGUCCGACGGGCGGACGCUGCGCCUGUGGGGUUGGCUCGCCGGUAAUCUGCCAUUCAAUGCGCUAUUGGUCAGCCGCGUUUGCCACUGCCGCUGGGAGACCUGAAGUGCUCCGACCCUCUCCAGUGUGUGUGCGUCAUCGACGCUGCCUGAUCGAUGUUAAUUGAUAUGCGGUGUGACGCUGUCUGAAGACCCGCUGCUGCUUUGCUGCAUGUUUUGCUUAGUGCGCUGCUCGCAUCACUCCUGUGCUGGCUUUAAUCUGCUGGGCUCUGCACGUGCUUGCUGUAUGCGUAUGGCUGGGCUGGAUGGGAUGUUCUGUGCCCACCGACAGAACUUCUUCCCCCCUAUUAGCUCCUCUUUCUUUUGCCUCAGCCCUGAUGCAGCAUGUGUUGGUUUUGAUUUUCUUAUGUUGGAUUAAUUUUUGUUGUUUUGGUUUUGUUUAAUCAGAUCUUAUUUUCUUUUCAGAUUAGUAAUUAAUUACCUUUGAUUGACUGUAGCUCCUUUUUUUUCUCUCUUACAUUAGGAUUACUUUGUGAUUUGUUUGGUCAAGGUGCCUGAGUUUUGUAAAUUCUGGUAGCGGGACUUUCAUCAUUUGAUUUAUUUUGUGUAUAAAUGUUAUUCCUAGUAAAUCAUUUGUUUUUCUUUUGUUAGCUUAUUUUGUUAACCAUUAAAUUGAGUUAUUUUUGGCAGCUACAGUGACUAUUUUGUUAAGUUGGUUAAUGUGUAACCUUGGUUGCUGCCUAUCUUUAAGUCUCAUUUAUUUAUUUGGUUAUUUUGCUUAUUGGGUUGUUUUGUUUGCUUUGCUUGCUUGUUUUGGAGUUAUCCCCUUCUUUAAUAUUUUCUUUUUCUUGUUUUUUUCAGGUGCUGGAAGCUUACGGUGGCAGUCCUGGUGUCCUGGUAGUGGGGUUCCCCCUUUUCUUUUGGUGUGUGUGUGUGCGGUGCGACCCCUCCUCAGUUAUUUGGUUUUGGUGUUUGGGUGACACGAGCAAGUGGGGUGCUUUUCUCCCUGGGUUCCUUCACCUCCCCGUUCUCCUAGUCUCCCCCACUGGAACUCUGAAUUUGCAAAACAAAAUACUUGCAGCGGGCUGCCAUGCAAAGUCAGGCGACAACAUAUCCAUGUAGAGAAAGGCUCAGUUGCGUCCGUUUACUGCUGACGUUCGGUGCUUUGACUUUACUUCAGCCAGAGAAAGGUAAGAAUUAAAAUCCUUUUGGCCGAUAAUUCAUAUGGAGAGAAAAAAAAAGUAUUUGAAAUGAUACUUAUUCAUCUACUGUAGCAGUGAAUGGAUCACACAACAAGACUUAAUGCCAUCAAACAAACAUGAGCUGGAUGACUUGGAUUUUGUUUGUGAGCCUUCUUUGGAUUUAUUCUGUUUGUAUUUCAGACGCUGAAAAAUGCCCUCAAAAAUAUAAAAAACUCAAAUGUGUGAAGCAGCAGAAGACAAGUCUUGUCAUUGGUGAUGACUUCAGAGGCUUCUUCAAUGGAGGCAGGAAUCAGACAGGAAUGGGUUGCAUCGUAUUUCUAAGGAAAAACCAAACUGAACAACAAGGUUUGAAAUGGGGGUGGCCUCAAAUGAUGGCAAAAGAUGGUUCUUAUCUACUGCUUAUCUCACAAUGGCAUAUCAAGAACAAACUGCAACUGCAUGUGCUGGAGGGGAAGCACUGCAACUCCACAUCAUGUAACGGCACAGAUUCAGCGUGUGUCUUCCAUCACACUCUGACAGAUUCAGCGUGUGUCUUCAAUCACACUCUGACAGAUUCUUGCCAGAUUCGAUGUGUGGAUACAGGCACCAUAUGUAAUGGAUAUAGUUACAGUGAUAAGAUCUGCAGUGAAAUGGGGGUCAAAGACAGUUACAUCAUCAACAUCACAGCAACAAACAACAACUGUAUCAACUGCAAUGACCCAGUGAAAAAGCCUGAGCAGAAAAUUACGUGUAAUGCAACAAUUAUAACUGAAGGAGAAAAAGUCGACGCUACCAAAGCUUCUGAAGUCAUGAACUCAAUGCCCAACCUCGUUGCCAACAUCAAGACUUCAGCUGAGGUGACUGUGGGAAAAGGACUUAAAGGUGUUAUAGUGACACAAAGAGAUCCUGAGGAAGUAGACCAAGUUCUCUUUGCCUAUGAGUCUCUACAUGACAGCAUAAGUAUUAUAGACAGCGAAGAUGCUCUGGCUACGUUUCAAAGAUCUGUCGUUGUGCCCAAAGAAGCAUUUGAAAAAAUUCAGAGUCAGAAUGUCAGCGUGCCAUUUGCAGUUAUUUUCCGGUUCAACAAUCUCACGGAUGAGUCGAACAGCACUAUUUUAAAUGAUGAGGUUUUAGCAGUGUCGAUGGCAACUGAAAUCACCAAUCUUACAGACAAAAUAAGGCUGAAUUUUCACAACGUCAUAUACGACGGAACUCCAUCUUGUCAAUCAUGGAACGGUGAAGGGAGUCGACCAAACUGGACUGGUGACGGAUGUGAGACGAUAACACAUGGAAACAACGUUACAUGUGCCUGCUCGCAUUUGACAUUUUUUGCUAUCUUAUUGGCCCCUCCUAAUGUAACCAUAUCUAGUUCUGACCUGAGAAAACUCACUAUCAUCACCCAAAUUGGCUGUGGCGUGUCCAUGUUCUUCCUCGGCAUAGUCCUCUUCAUGCACUUCCUUCUGAGGAGGACCAAAGCCAGUAUAGCCACAAGGAUUCUCAUCCACCUGGUAUCAGCCUUGUUCCUACUUAACUUAACUUUCCUGACCAACAACUACGUGGCCCAGCUGAAGAGCUCUGUGGGUUGUAAGAUCAUGGCCGCUCUCAUGCACUACUUCAUGUUGGCCACUUUCACUUGGUUUGCUGUGCAGGCCUUCCACAUCUGCCAGCAGCUGUACAUGGGGGGCAAAACUAUAAUCCGUCACUACAUGAUCAAAGUCUGCAUCACCAGCUGGGUACUACCGAGCAUUGUUGGGAUCGUCCUGCUCAGCAUUGGGAAAUAUGGUGAACAAGCCAUCCUCACCAGUGACUCCACAGAAAGCAUUUCCAUGUGCUGGAUAACAGACACUGAAGUCCACAGCAUUGUCAACAUAGGUUACUAUGCUUUGGUCUUCAUCUUCACCUUCAUUACCUUCAUCACCAUCGUGUCCUGGCUCUGCUGUCUCAGGAGAGUGGGAGCUGGAACAGAGACAAGUGGCAAAAAUAUUGUAAUCAUCCUGGGACUGUGUUGCAUGCUGGGUAUCACAUGGGGUUUUGCCUUCUUCGCCCACGGCAUCCUCCGUAUCCCUGCCUACUACAUCUUCACGGUCCUCAAUUCUUUCCAAGGUUUGUUCCUGUUCAUCUACUACUGGAAGACCAGCCACUCAAAAGAGGUAAUGGGCGGCGUCAGUGAUACUAACAGCUCAAGCAACACCAGCACUCUCAAAACCAGGGUGGACAUCUUCGAGAACCCCUACAGCAACCUGCCAGAGAAGGAAAAGAAGCCUGGGAACACUGGUGGCGAGUAAAGAGUGGUGAAAAAGUCAGCUUGACUUAAAAACUACAAGCAAGUGCACAUAAGUGGAAAGUAUACGGAUGUUUAACACUGCAAUAGGCAUCUUUAUUUGACAUAUUCAUUAACAGUUAUCAGCAUAUAGGAAAAUUACUUUAAUACUACAUUGUUAAGUUGUCUUUGGACCAGAACUGGGUUUGCAGUUUUAUUCAGUGAAGAUCACAGCAUGCGGUUAAACCUUUUUUUUUUUUUUUUUUUUUUCAAAAAUAUUUUAUGUGUAGAUUUUCAGAUUUUAACACAAACAACACAAAUACAGGUACAAAUCACCCUCCCCACACCCACGGAAAUGAACAGCAGCACCAACUAUGGAAUGAAUGUCUGUACGUAUGCAUGUAGUACAAGUACACUGUUUGUCAAACCCAUUAUGAACAAAUAUCUGUACAUACCUGCAAACGCGUCAGGCCAUUCUGGAUAAAUAGGGCAUGAAUGGUUGCCAGAGCUGAGAGAAACACUGUACCUCACUCUCUCCAUGUGUAACAAGCUGGUGAUUUCUACCAGCCAGGUCUUAAAAUAAGGCACGUCCUCAGUUUUCCAAAGAGUUGAAAUAUUCCUUUUUGCCACAACGAUGGCAUACUAUACUAUGACUUUAUAUGAAGAUUUUUAUGACAUACUAUACUAUGACAUUUUUUUGAAGAUUUUUAUGUCACACUAUACUAUGACUUUUAUGAAAAAAUCCACCCAGGAUGGCAGAACGUAGGUCUGGUAUAAUAUCACAGUUGUAUACUUCUGAAAAACACUUAAAAGAGGUGGCCCAAGGUUCUGAUUUACAUAUUGGGCAAUAUUGGCAUACUAUACUAUGAUGUUUUGGUUUUUUUUUUAAGAUUUUUAUGUCACACUAUAAUAAUAAUAAUAAUAAUAAUAAUAAUAAAUUUUAUUUCUGGGCGCCUUUCAUGACACUAAAGGUCGUCUUACAGAGUAAAAUACAGAGCAAAAUACAAUAAAAUACAAAGUACAAGAUAAUUCAACAUUUAACAACAAACAAACAAAUAUCAGUUUAAAAAGCAAACAAUACAAACAUAAACAAAACAUCUGUUCAGGCUUACCCACUCAAAGAGAGUAGGAAAGCCUGGUGAGUUUUCAGCCUGGAUUUAAAGUAUGGGAGUGAUUCAAUAUUUCGCAGGUCAGGGGGGAGUGAAUUCCAGAGUUGGAAGAUGGCUGUGGUAUGACUGGUGGAUGGGAUCCUAGUGAUAAUACAGGCGGUGGAAUUCUGAACCAUCUGCAGUUUAUGGAGGAUUUUCUGGGGGAGAUGAAACAGGAGGGAGUUGCAGUAGUCACCAGUAUGGCAGCGGCGUGAGGUGUGAGGGAGGGGCGUAGGCAGUUGAUGUUGCGGAAAUUAAAGUAGGCUGACCGGGUUAUGUUGUUAAUGUGGGAUGAGGAGGAAAGCGUGCUGUCGAGGAUGACACCCAGACUCUUUACCUGAGGGGAGGGGAGGAUGGAAGAAUUGUCGAUUGAUAUGGUGAAACUGUGGGCUUUGGCUAGAGUGGAUUUAGUGCCGAUUAGUAACAUUUCUGUUUUAUCACUGUUUAAUUUGAGGAAAUUGCAUGUGAACCAGGACUUUAUUUCAUGAAGGCAGUCAGUAAGGAAUGAGGGAGGGAGGGUGGAAUCAGGUUUGGAGGAGAUGUAGAGCUGGGUGUCAUCCGCGUAAUAAUGGAAAUUAAUGUGGUUUUUGCUGAAAAUGUGACCAAGGGGGAGUAAGUAGAUGAUGAAUAACAGGGGCCCCAGGACAUAGCCCCAUACUAUGACUUUUUAUGACAUACUAUACUAUGACAUUUUUAGGAAGCUUUUUAUGACAUACUGUACUGUGAC